CACAAAAGCAUUAUAUUCAUGGCACGGCACGUACAUAGCACAACGCAAGCGCGACGCGAUGCGACACUACAAGUGCACGAUCGGCCGCGAUGAUGCCGGCUUAUCUAACCAAUCUCCGCCGUCCUUCGAUGCUUCUCGCACGCCAAGUUUUGGACUCCGCUGGUCCCCUGCCAGGGAGUGCUCCAAAUCUCCCAGUCUCCCAGAUGCGAAGGCCCCUCGGCCUGUUACCCUUUUGGGUACGCGUCUCGGGAGACAGGUCACGAGUCUAACUAAAUCACUCACCGAGUAAAUAAGCGACUCUGCAAGCGGGACUGCGAUCGAGAGAAGCCAAGGCCAAACAAAAAGCUCCCUCGAAUCGUCGGCGCAAAGAAACAAGAGAUAAGAUAGAAGGGAUGUUGAGAAGAGUUGAUGAAGCAAGAGAGAAGCAAUCCAUCCCGACAUGGGGUCAUUAAGGCCAUACAGAGUCCCAUUGAGAUGUCUCCGAGCGCGAGGUGGCCGGU